GAACGAGGGUUGCAGGUUCCGUUCCUUAGUUAAGGAAUGGAGUAAAAAAGUACAGUGGGGCCCUCAAAUAGUGGUUUAAGGAACGGUUUAGGAACGGUAUAGGAACAGCGUUGUGGAUGGCCUUAUCCUGCACCACAAAUCUCUUGGAAAGUAAGUAUUUUAGUAAGAGUUUUUGUGUAAUUCAAAUGCAUAAUUGCUUUGCUUUUUGUGUCGGGAGAUAGUGUAUUGAGUUCAUUUGACGUUCAAUUUUCAUGAUCCUUAACAUUGAAGAAUUGGUGUUAGUAAUUUAUAUGCUUCUAUUCCAAGCAACAGAGUCUAUCUUUAUUGGAAAUCAGAAUAUAAAAGCAUAUGUGGUAGCAGUAUGUAUCUUGUUCCAUUAGUUUGUUCAUUAUAAUGGUUUUUUUCCUUGGUCUCAGGGUCUUUGAUGUUCGGUGUAUGCAUAUCCCAGUGCAAGAUCGAACCCCAUUUGCAGAGUUGGUAGUGUGGGUUGAAGAAACUUUGAGAGCCGAGCACUCUUCAUGUCCUAAUAAGCCCAUCUAUCUGGUGGGAGAUUCCUUCGGUGGAUGCUUGGCUCUUGCAGUUGCAGCACGGAAUCCUGAUAUUGACCUUGUAGUGAUACUAGCUAAUCCAGCAACUUCAUUUGGAAGGGCUCAGCUGCAGCCUUUUCUACCUUUGUUGGAAGCAUUGCCUAAUGAACUUCAUAGUGCUUUUCCUUAUUUUUUAAGCUUUGUUAUGGGUGAUCCAGUAAAGAUGGCCGCGGUGAAUAUUGAUACAGCGGGCACUCCUAACCAAUAUUUUGAACAGUUAGCGAACAACCUUCGUGCUAUGCUGCCACGUCUUUCUGGCUUGGCUGAUAUCAUACCAAAAGAAACCCUGCUUUGGAGACUGAAGCAGUUGAAAACGGGUGCUGCUUAUGCUAAUUCUCGUCUUCAUGCCGUUAAAGCUGAAGUACUUGUUCUUGCUAGUGGCAAGGAUGGCAUGCUUCCCAGUAGAGAUGAAGCUUGGAGGCUCUUAAAAUCACUGAAAAAUUGCAAUAUAAGAUACUUCAAAGACAAUGGGCAUACCAUAUUAUUGGAGGAUGGUAUUAAUCUAUUGACCAUUAUCAAAGCUACUAACAUGUACCGUCGGUCCAGAAACCAUGAUUAUGUGAUGGAUUUCUUACCUCCUAGUAAAUCCGAGUUCAAGCUAGCAAUCGAGGGAAAUGGACUCCUUCAGAAUUUUGGAGGUCCAGUGUUCUUGUCUACUAUGAAAGAUGGGAAGAUCGUGAGAGGCCUAGAUGGAGUUCCCGAGGAAGGUCCAGUCUUGUUAGUUGGUUAUCACAUGCUUAUGGGUUUAGAACUCUCCCCAUUAGUCCAACAAUUUCUGCACGAGAAGAAGAUCUUGGUUCGUGGUAUAGCACAUCCAACUUUAUUUUCAGAUGUUAUUGAAAGUGAAAAUAAGGAGUUUCCGUUUUACGACUAUACAAAAUUAUUCGGCGCACUACCUGUCAGCGCAAGCAAUCUCUUCAAGCUGUUUAAAACAAAAUCUCAUGUGUUGUUGUACCCUGGUGGCGCUCGAGAGGCUCUCCACAAGAGGGGUGAAGAGUAUAAAUUAUUCUGGCCAGAUCAGCCGGAAUUUGUGAGGAUGGCUGCAAGAUUUGAAGCCACUAUCGUACCUUUUGGAGUUAUCGGAGAGGAUGACCUAGCUCAGUUAGUCCUGGACUAUAAUGACAUGAUGAAAAUCCCAUAUUUGGGUGAUCUAAUAAGAAGCGAAAACGAAAAGGCACAAGAAUUUAAUUUCAGGGCUGGGGUGAGUGGUGAGGUUGCGAAUCAGGAUCUGUAUGUUCCCGGAAUCGUACCAAAGAUUCCUGGGCGGCUGUACUACCUAUUUGGGAAGCCGAUUCAAAUGAAGGGGAGGAAGGAGACGUUGAAGGACAGAGAAAAAGCGCGAGAGCUCUAUCUGUCAAUCAAGUCUGAAGUAGAGGCAAGCAUGUCGUACCUGCUCAAGAAGAGAGAGCAGGAUCCGUACAGGAAUAUCAUUGAUAGAGCCAUGUACCGAGCUUUUCGUGCUCCCAUGGAUCAGGUCCCAACUUUUGAACCAUAGAUGACUGACUGGUUCCAAGGUAACUUCUGAUCAUAAUGGACUCUUGCUUUUGCUCAAAGUUUGAUCGUAUUGUUCGUGGUGUCGACCUGGAUCGUAGUUGACGAAUUCCAUAUGGUACAUUUGCAAUUAUUGAAAUAUUUGGGAUGAAAUACAAAUUUGUUAGUAUAAUGUAGGGAACUAGUAUGUAAAUAUAAACUUUAUCUGAAAUGUAUUCAAUUCAUGCCAAUGCUUAUAAAUACUGAUUACCAAAGCUCUAAA